GCCGCAUGGGCAAAUAUAUAUGGAUUACCACAUCUAAUUUUUUUUAUAACUCAUCUAAUUUUUAUUAUUAUUGUCGAAAAGUUAAUUUAAUACCAUACAUUAGUUAAAAAUAAUAAUGUCAUACCCUGAUAAGAUGAUAUAUCAUACGUUACCCAUUUAUUAUCUGGACUUUGACGGGCCCUAAUUGCACCUAUAAAAACAAUUAAAAACCCUAAACAGAAUCAGCGUAAAUAAAAUAAUUGUAACCCAGAAAAAACGUGCCUAUAUAUAUUCUUUUAGGGAGGCAAAUCUGAAUAUGCAGUGAUAAAGAAAAGCUAAAGCAACAAAGAGAAAAUAGAUAGGUAUUUCCAUGAAGAGAUCACGAGAAGAAUCUCAAGGUGGCCGCAAUAAUAACAGAUUUGUUGAUGAGGUAUCGUCUACUUUACUCAAUUCUCUCUGUUUUUCUGCAUCGUACUCUUCUCGUGUUUUUUUUCUGUUGUCUCGUAUUCUCUUCUUCGUUCUGUUUCAUUCUCUGUUUUUGUUCUUUCUUUGGUAAUUUUUUCAGAUAGUUUAAGCCCGAUCCUGAGAAGAAUUAGGGUUUUAGGGUUUUAAGUUGUUAGAAAAUAUUCUCUAGAUAUAUUUGGUUUUAAAUCUAAUUUAUAAUUUAUUUCACAAAAAGAAAACAUUUCUUUCUUCGUCAUCUUCUUCUUCAAUGUAGGAUAGAGUGAUAAAGAGAUUUAUGAAAGGAAUAAGAAAAGAAGAGCAACUAUAUAUGUAAACCGUUAAAAAAAAUAUUAAUGUAAUUUAAAUUUUAUAUAGUUAUUGUGUCACAAGUAUAAAACGUUAACAAAGAGUUCGGUUCUUAAACAAAAUACUAAUAAAUAAUACUAAACAAAAUCAUCGUUGAUUAUAUGUUUUGUUUUUCUUUGUGCCCUUUUGGCUAUUGGAGUUUCGUCUUCGGUAUCAUCAAGGUUCUCAUCUUUGUUAGUCAUUUCUUCUUUAGAUGUGAUAACUCUUUUAUUUGGUUUCACGUCUACGCUUGCCUCUAACAAAGGGUCCGGAGCUUAUCAAUAAAAUUGAAAAUUACCUCAAUAGAAACAACACAUGUCCUCAUCAACAAACAGAGAAUUCAAAGACCUCAACUUUUCUUAAGAGUUCUGAGAAACUAAAAGCUAUGAAUUUCCCAAUCUCCAUGAUCGAAAUUGGAACAUGGACCCCUGUUGCAAUAAACCCUGAUGAUAUUGUGGCGAAAUUCUAUUUUGCUAAGAAAAAACUUAUAUGGGAGUUUCUCUUUGGAGAACCAGACACUAACAUGCCAAGGCUGAAGAGAAAGAUCGAGAUUCAAUGGAAUGAUAUCUCAUCUUUUGAAGAGCGUAUUUAUACACGUGAUGAAACUGGGAUCCUCAAAAUCGAGUUGAGAAAACGUCCAACAUUCUUCAUAGAGACUAAUCCACAGGCAGGAAAACACACUCAAUGGAAACAGUUGGAUGAUUUCACCGACAAUCAGGCUUCUACUUGCAGGAGACAUACAAUUCAUUUUCCUCCCGGAGUUCUGCAAAAGAACUUGGAGAAGCUUCUGACUGAUAGCUUCUGGUCCAAACUCUAUAACGUCCCUUUCCCGGUAGAAGAAUCUCUUUUUUUCGAUAUGGGCUUUGAAAACAACAACUCAUCUCGCAACAGCCACAACCAGACAGUUAGCUUUAAUGUCAACUAUGGCCUUCAGCAUCAUCAUUAUUCUCAAGGAAUUGGUGGCGUGGGAGUGGGAGUGGGAGACAGAAACUUUAACAUAGCACCGCAGUUCAGGGCUAACGGUGGAUGGCAAAGAAACUCAUAUAGUCAAGCCAAUAGUCUGAAUUAUAACACUGCUAAUGAGUUGCCUCGGAUGCAAGCUAUUAUCACACCAUCGUUUCAGGUGGUUAACGAGCAUCAUAACAUGCAAAUGGAUUUCACCGGUUCACAGUAUAUUAAUCAGAUGAACCAAGACGAGAUCCGAAAGAUGCAAAUCAUAAGGGAGAUAGCUGAGAGCCAAGCAUAUGCUGCAGUACCAGAUACACAAACUAACAAUGUCCCAAUGUAUCCUCCGGUUGGAUCGCAUGUAGCAACAUUGAUUGAAGAAGAGGAGAGACAGUACAAGGACCAGAAAAUUCCAUAUAUACGCAGCAGCAACUGGGAAGUGCUUCCUGGUAUGGACACAGAGGAAGAUUGGUAAACAUUAUUAGGGUUUUGUUGAUAUAUGGAUCAGUGAUGUAUGGUUUCAAGUCAAGUCUGUUUUCGGAUCUACUAUUUGGUUUAUUUUGUUAUUAGGCUGGUUCAAGUUGUGUCUGGAGCCUGCGGGGCUUUAGCUUCAGAUUAAUGACCUCUCUUUCCUC